UCUAUGCUUGCAAGACUGUUUUCUUUUACCAGUGCCGAAGGACUCGCGAAAUCAUAUGAUCGAGGCCGUGUACGAAUUUCAGCGUUUGCAAACAAAUAUAAUGGACACCUAGUACUAGGAUUCUCGGUUUACAUUAGCCAGGAAUGUCAGUUUCUUGAAAGCCACGCCGUUUCAAAGUAAUGAGAUUCAGGAUUCGCUUCUAGUGUUUCCGUGCCUUUCCUUUUCAACUACUAAGUACUAGCAUGUGUUCUGCUCAUUUGGAAGUCGCACCUGGGUCUGGUAUACUCUUCUUUCAGUUAUUGCCAAAACGUUUGUAACGUAUUAGAUUUCACACGAUAUGUUCAUAUAAGAAAUCCUUAGACUAAUCAUAGACUGGAAUUUUGCCAGAAAUUCGACUCCGAAUUUACCAAUGAAAGAAAAUGGCUGCAACUGCGCUUGUACGAGUAAUUAUGUUCGUGCUGACAUACAGCGGAUACGUUGAUGAACCUCAAUCCGGAAUCCGGAGGGCUGAUUCUGUCCUCAAGUGUGGGCUAACAUGCACGAUUGCUCAGGAGUGCAAGGCCUUCUCCAUGAUAGGUCAUGUCUGCCACUUGGUUUUCCCAUCAAACAAAGCAACAUGGAAUUGUCGCCGGAGGAAAACUGGUGUAAAAUACCCGUAUUGGGUGAUACAGAAAUACCAGCACAGCUACGGUCCAAGUAUCAGAGGACAAUUUCCAGUCUGGGACUGCAAGUGGCACUACCACUUGAAGCUGAAGUGUAUUGUGGGUAUAGCUGCUCUCAGACACGUAGUGACGUCAACUUUCAAUGUUUAUGUAUUUUCACAAGAAAAUGAUAAGUCGACAUAUACAUUAAAGCAUAAUUUCUUCAUAAAUGAUCUCGUAGCUAUUGCUGGCGAAUAUGAGGACGGGGUUAUCGGUAUACGCCAGGAUGGCGGAGCGUGGUGGCAGGCUCAUGACCUACAAGCAUUUGCAUUUAGUUUAGAUGGACGCAACCGCCAACAAUUGUUGCUACCGUAUAACAACUUCAGGAGUAGCCGUGGCCCCGGUAAUUCAACAUUUCGAUAUCUUCGGUUUAUAGUUAAUAGCAAUAUAGUCGUCUUUGCACUAACCUAUCUCCUUGGUUUCAAGAAAUUAGUCACUUCUUUGAAAUUGUUCAGAAUCAGAAAUCUUGGUAUUGCCCUGAAACUGAAUUUUUUUAAAUCUCUCGGAGAAGCUAAGUAUUCAACAGGUUUUUUAUCAACGUUUCCCGUCUCGCUUAGUAAUCCUCAGUUUGACUCGGAAGGAAACAUAUUCGAGUUUACAUUCAAACCUUUCAAAAUAACCAUAACGGAAAGAAAAUACAUGUACAAUACUAUGCGAACGAUUCAACUUGAGGAGAAUAGAUUAAGAACAAUUACUUUUGCCUGGAUAUUUGGAACUAGUAUUAUUGGCGUUACUUGGCAGCACACUCAGUGCGGCGAUUGCUUUCGAGAAGCAGGCGAAAAACACAGAAUUCGAAAGUUGUAUCUGUUCCAAGAGGACUCGUGCAGGGACAAGUCAUCAGCUUUAGCAUUUCCCAUCAUAGCUAAAAUUCGGUUCAUCCCCACCGUCGUUUACCUAAAUGAAUUUUCCUGCUUUGUCGACGUAAAGAAUCGGCUGAUACUUUGGCCGAAGCAAUACAAAUUCAGGAAAGGUCAUACAUUGAAAGCGAAAAUUUACAUCUAACACAAAGAGAAAGUUUUACCGAAUCAGUAAUAGGCACAGUGGCAGUGGCUGUUACAAUUAGUAUCCGUGACCAUAACUGCAACAUGCAUCUACCAAAUUCGAAAAUCUAUAUAUUACCUGUAAUACUAGAACUGGUGAAAGUCUCCUUAUGUCUACCACCGCCUUAACCGCUGAAAGGAAUCUCCUAAUUUUUCGCAUUUGCAUGUAGACUUUACCCGUGAAGCCAUUCAGCAACGUCUCUAAUUCAUAUUGUCAGUGCAAAAUAUGUUUUUGUGUGUUUUAUCAUAUGAACAUCCUGAGAUCGUGUGUUUAUCGGAUGAACAGCUGGCUAAUAGACGGUGCUCUCAUAUAAGCUCGGCACCUGGGUCGCCCAGCAGUGCAUACUGGCCUAACACCCCAGCGACCCGAGUUCGAAACGGGAUCGAUAAAAAAAUUGCCUUAUUUUUUCGUGAUUCUUAUCAUUUUUAAGUGAAAAUAUACAUCAUUAGUAAAUCGCACUUCUGUAAUAAGCAAAAACUUGCAAAAUAUGGCUGUUCUGAUCGCGCAUAUUUUUACUUAUACGUACUGUUACAUUAAAUUUUAGGAUGAAAUUCGACCACGUUUAAAAUGCAUGCAUAAGUACCCAUAAAACCAGAUAAAUGUUACUUUUAAAACGACGAAAACGACAAAGCCAGGCCGACAUAACACGCGCUCGCCGCCCGUUGUUAAUUUAAUAAACGAAUGUAAUAUACAUGUACAUUCCAAGCCUCGACCGACGCCAAUGUAUACGCCAUAUAUACAACUCCAAAUCCCAUCGGAAUGUCACAUCAUACUGUACAAAACACGAAGAUUGUCGAUUACAAAUUUGUCGCAGGGAUUUGAUGGGACAGGCCGAACCCAAAACAAUCACCAACACAAGACUUGAUCCUCAAAAUCAACGACAUGCUCAUGAGCAAGUUGCACGUCUCCUCCAAAACAUAUUCGAGUACAGACAGGCCGGUUUCUGAUGAUGAAAUGUAACAGGACAACUAUCCCAUUUGAUUUCUCACAUGCAUUUUUAUGACUCCGACGGCAUGGCAGCCGUUCGUCUCAUCGUAAAACUGGGUACAGUUGUUAUGCUAUCCGAACCAUGACACCCCAAAAGGACUUUAUAUGGAACACGCUUUUAAACCUUCGGUUAAAUUUUCGGGGAAAAGUUUAAGUUUAAAGUAUCUAAUCAGCAUAUUUAUAAAUAGCCAGUAUAUAUUGUUGUUUUGAAGGGGCAAAUAAAGGCCAAAUUAUAAUCAAUAUUAAAUACAAAUGUUUCUCUUCGGUUGUCCGAUCCUUCCACCAAAUCCGGCACGCCCCCCACACAUAUCAAGCAGCUUUACCAAACACUCCAUGUGUCCAUACCCCAAACUCCAUGCGGAGCACGGGUAGUUGCUAGUAAGUGUUAUUUUGCAAAAAAGGGAAACGUUUCUUCACCUGGUAAUCUUGUUUUUGGUCAGACCCUUGUAGUGUUUUCAGUGCUUUCAUAACAGAAAAUUGGCGAGGGAGCGGGUUGGCAAAACAAUUAAGAGUCGGCCCUGCGUCGGGGAAGUCCCGGGUUAGAUACUCGGCCAGGGCCGCUUUGUAACUCUCAACUGGCCUGAAAUGUCCGUGUGUGCGCAAGAUUGGCCAUUCCCCUUUGUUCUCCAGAAAGGUUUCUGGAUAGGCUGGGUAACAAUGGUUGCGAUUGUAAAGCGCUUUGAGACAGUAGAUAACACAGUGAAAAGCGCUAUAUAUAUCUUAUUAUAAUCAUCAUUAAAGGACCAUUGGCAUUAUUAAGGGCAAUAUCGCUCAGCUGUCGGCUGCCCGGUGGCCUCCUAUUAUACACAUUAAGUAGUUUCCAUCAACAGAUUGCACCAAAAAAGGAUAAAUUCAUAAUCUGACUGAAUUAUCACGCCUUUCCGUUGUCGACUCCGAUUUGACCCGAGUUAGCUCUCCAUGCAUCGACCCUUUCCACGUGGAACGAUACACUAGUAAAUGCGUUUCCUGGAGUAAGGAUCUACCCUGUGACGUCUUGGUGCUGAUAUCGAUUUUCCUACGUCCUGCUGAUGGCGCUUGAUUACCCCACAAUUGCGACAAUAAAUUGAACUGACGUUGCGUCUAAAUAGCGGGGAACGUGAACUCGGAUCGGCGUGCACUCAUUUAACGGGAAAGGUAUUUCGUGCCAGGACUUGCGCGUACUGAAAAUAACGAAUAACGCGUUUUUCUACUAUCAAAGAGCUGAAACAAAAUUGUAAAAGCAUCAAACACCUUCCGGAAAAUAUUUUUUCUAAUGAACCAGAAGACGAACAAGCAUACUGCAAUAGAAAGCCGACCAUUCCUUUAAUACUUUCAAUAUGGAGAACCAGAGAAAAACAUGUCUGUGCGCGCAAAAGCAACCAAUGCCCGUUCAAAACAACCGCUAAGCUGAACUUGGCGGCAACUAAGCGGUGGCAUUGAAAGCCAAGCCAAACGGAGCAAACUUGGCGGUUCGCUAUAUAAAUAACCGGUAGUUCAGCGCCCGCCAAACCAGAUAGUGGAGCUUUGACAAACCCGGCCCUGGUUUCGUGAAAGCAGAGUUGUAAGGCAUGUAAGAAAGUGAGGAGUCUUUUUCUAAUACCAGUGAACAACAUUGCACAAACGAUUUUUGAAGAUGCUUUUCGGGGGUUUCGGCUGCAGAUCAUAGUGAUGUUUCUAUGUCAAUGUAAUUAUUGAAAUUGGUACUAUACCUUUACAUUGAGAUUGGAUUCAUUACAGUAGUUUUGUUGACAUCAGUUGAUUGCCUUAGAUUCUCUAGAGUUGACAGUAUAUAUAUAUAUAUAUGUUUAUUCGUACUGAGGAAAUCUAGUACAAUUUGAAACAGUAAGCAAGUUAAGAAAAUACAGAAAAGAACAUUACACUGAAUACAGACAAAGCAAUGUACAAUAUACUUAAUUGGACAUUCUACUAAUGUCCCUGCAUCUUUGAGUAAUUAACAUGACAGACUUUCUCAGUUCACACACAGCA